AUGGGUAUUGUUGAGGCUAAAGAUAGGCCUGAGAACUUAAGGUUUACUUGUAGCCAUUGUUUUCCGGGUCAUUGGUCUUUUGUUCAUAAUCCUGGUACCUCUUUGGUAGCUAGAAUUAUAGUUGGUUGGGAUCCUUUAGUUUUUCAGUUGGAUGUUAUUUUUUCCUCUCCUCAGAUCAUUUGUAUGAAGGCUACAUUUGGGGAUUUGAGUUCUAUUUUUCUGUCCGUGGUUUAUGGUUUGAAUCAAGCUCUUGGUAAGAGGAAUUUAUGGGUGGAUGUGAGGUAUUUGGGGACAGUUAUUGGCGAUAACCCUUGGAUUCAGAUAGGUGGUUUUAAUGUGGUUCGAUAUGCCCUCACAUGGUCUAACAGAAGGGGAGGUAUGGGUGUGAAUAAAAGUAAGAUUGAUAGGGUUUUGAUUAAUUCUGCUUGGCUAGAUAAAUUUUCAGAUUCUAAGGCUGUGUUCCUUACACUUGGCGUCUCUGAUCAUUGCUCGACUAUGGUUACUGUGAUGCCUGCUUCCCAUGUUAGAAGACCCUUUAAAAUUUUCAAUUUUUGGUUGAAGAAUUCUAAAUUUAGGGAUGCUCUUAUUGCUUCAUGGGAUGCUCCUUUGGAUACCUCUCUUCGCUCAAGAUUGGGUCUGAAACUUAAAUGUUUAAAGCUUGUUUUAAAAGCUUUAAAUCAUCAUUAUUAUUCUGACAUAACUGGUAGAGUGGCCACUUUAAGGAUGAAGUUGAAUCAGUUUCAAGCUCAGUGUCAAGGUGAUCCGGAUAAUUUGACUCUGAAAGAAAGGGAACAUGAGAUGUACCUAAAGUUUGUGAAGUUGAGUAAUGCUGAGGAAGUGUUUAAAAAGCAAAAAUCAAGGCCUGAGGAGAUAAAGCUGGAGAUCCUGAACUAUUAUAUAGGUCUGCUAGGUACUCCUUUUGGAGAAAAAUGGUGUGCUUUUCAUGCUCUUCGGUUACCUUUGAAGAAAAGGGCGAGUAAUGAUUUUAAAGCUGGACUGACUAGGGGCGUUACUCAAGAAGAAAUUAAGUCUGCUAUGUGUUCCAUUAAAGGAGACAAAGCUCCAGGUCCGGACACCUCUGCUUUCUUUCAACAUAAUUGGAGUGUGGUGGGCAAAGAUGUUAUAGAUGCAGUGGGUAUCAUGCCUCAAUCCUGGAAUUCUACCAUUUUGUCUAUUAAUCAAAAGUGUGUUACUAAGAUACUUGCUAACAGAAUUCAGGCCCUCCUACCUUCCUUUAUUAACCCUUGUCAAUUUGCUUUUGUCAAGGGUUGUUCUAUCGUGGAUAAUAUUUUGUUAAUCCAAGAGAUUGUAAAAAGUUAUCACAAGGCUGAGGAAAGCUCUAUAUAUUUAGCUGGGGUUACUCAAACUCAUCAAAGCGAGUUGUGCAGCAUUUUCCCUAUUCCAGUGAGUACUCUUCCUGUUCGAUAUUUGGGAGUACCUCUAAUCUCUACUAGUUUUAAGAGUGAAGAUUGUGUUCAGUUUAAAGAUAAAACUCUUAAUAGAAUUCAGUCGUGGACCAACAAGAAGUUGUCUUAUGGAGGAAGGGCUAAGUUGGUGCAGUUUGUUCUUUUUAGCAUUCAAGUUUACUGGUCAUCUAUUUUUAUUAUUCCUACAAAAGUUCUUAAGGAUAUUGACAAGGUGUUGCGAGCUUUCCUAUGGUCUGGUCCUGAAUUGAAGGCCUUUGGUGCCAAGAUUGCCUGGGAUUAUGUUUGUUCUCCGAAGGCUGAAGGUGGAUCGGGGUUUAGGCAUUUGUCUACUUGGAAUAAGGGAGCUAUGUCUAGACACAUUUGGGCCAUCUGCAACAAGGCUGAUACGUUGUAG